AUGUCUGGCGCUGAGGUCAUCGGUCUAAUAUCAGCUAUAAUUUCAAUUGUUGAGGCUACCAUUCAAGUCAGCAACGCCAUCAAAGAUGAGGCUGGCCUACCCCCAAACUUCAAGGCUUCCGCAACAAAGCUUCCACUAAUCACAAAGCUUCUCGAUGAUGCAGAGAGAUAUGUCAAAGGGUCGAACGAAGAGUCUAUCGCCUCUACCUUCAAACCAAUUUUAACAGAUUGCGAAGAGAAAGCCAAGCAGUUGCAGCAACUCUUCGACAAAGUAGUCCCAGCAGAGGGCGACUCGCGAAUGCAAUGCUACCUUAAAGCUGCUCGAACGAUUGGCAAAGGUGGUCGGGUGGAGACUUUGAUGGCUGGUCUCCUUGAUAGCGUGCGGCUGAUGGCGACCAACUUUCCGGACACAUUCACACCGAGGGGACAAGAGAGUUUGGCAAAGGCGAUUGGCGAGGUGGCUGAGAUGGAGCCAUCCUUGCCUAAUGACUUUGACACCAAAUCCUCCUUUGUUCAGCACGGGAAUGGGGUGCAGAACAACAAUUUUGGCAAUGAUAAUAGCAAUAUAUCGGGCAGUCAAAACCAUGGCUCGGGUACAAUGUUUGUUGGUCAUAAUAUUGUUGUCAAUCAUCCUGCAGAAGGGAAGAUCCAAACUAGUUUGGCUGCCUUGAUGUGUGAUUCAAGUCGGUGGGGCAACAAUUUCGACAUUACUUUUAGUAUGUCUGAAGUGCCCAGGAUCCGGAGCUUUGUAGCACGAGAAAAAGAAAUUGAAGAAAUGCAUCAGUCGCUCAGCUCUGGUACUGGCCGUCGCGUAGUCGUCCUCCAAGGACUUGGUGGCAUUGGCAAGACACAAAUUGCUGCAACAUACGUCGAGCGAUUUCAACAAGACUUUUCUGCCAUAUUUUGGAUUAAUAUGAGCGACGAAGUGUCUAUUCAUCAAAGCUUCGUUACAAUGAUGGAACGGAUCUUAAGCCAGCAUCCUGUUGGGGGCGGGAUCAACGCACUAAAUCGACAGAAAAGCAACGACGAGGUCAUUGAAGCUGUCAAAGUCUGGAUGAGCUUACCACACAACACAAAGUGGCUCCUUGUGUGUGAUAACUAUGACAAUCCAAAUUUCAGCAACAUUACCAAGCAUGGGGUAAACAUCAAUCAUUAUCUUCCCAUAGCAUUUCAAGGCUCUAUUAUUAUCACGACUCGAACAUCAUUUGUUGAUAUCGGACACCAAAUUCCCAUAAGAAAACUCGAAUCAAUCGACGACAGCCUUAUGAUCCUAGCGGCGAAUUCGCAUCGGCACCACUUGCAUGAUGAUAUAGAUGCAAAGCGCCUUGUUAAAAAGCUUGAUGGGCUACCACUUGCAAUUGCUUUGGCUGGACGGUAUUUGGAGCGCUCUUCAAUGAGCCUCGCUGACUACCUUCAAUUCUAUAAGACGUCAUGGGCAAGUCUCCAAGCAAACACUCCAAGCUUGGGAUCUUACGCGGAUCGCACGCUAUGCACGACGUGGCAAAUUUCUUACGAGCAUGUUCAACAGCACAAUAGUCUUGCUGCGCAUUUACUUCGAUGGUGGGCGUUCUUUCACAGGGAAGACUUGUGGUUCGAACUCGUCCAACACGCCUCACGCGAGGGGCCAGAGUGGGCACAUGAUCUUACCAAUAGGCUACACUUUGAUGCCGCUAUGGGCAAGUUAUAUGAUUAUGGAUUUGUUGAACCACAUCCUUCCAGCAACGGUGUAGGCGAGUCGAGGGGUUACACCAUUCAUGGCUGCCUACAUUCGUGGAUAAGUCAUGUAUUACACGACAAAGAGGAGAAGGAUAUAUCUACGCUCGCCUUUACAUGUAUUGCGUCACAUGUUCCUACCAGUGAGGAUGACAAGUACUGGGUGCAUCAACGACGUCUUAUAUCUCAUGCAAUAGCUUGUUCCAACUCAAUCCAGAAUAGCUGCGAAGAUUUAAGCUGGGCCUUUUACAAAGUUGGAGGUCUUUUCAAGGAUCAAGACAAACUGAAUGAUGCCGAGAAGAUGUAUGUCCAAGCUCUAGUAGGGUAUGAGAAAGCAUUAGGUCCAGAUCAUACGUCAACAUUAGACAUUGUCAACAAUCUAGGGAAUCUUUACAACUCUCAAGGCAAGAUACAUGAUGCCGAGAAGAUGUAUCUACGAGCACUUGCAGGGUAUGAGAAAGCAUGGGGUCCAGAUCAUACAUCAACGUUGAAUACUGUCAACAAUCUAGGUCUUCUUUAUACAGAUCAAGGCAAGAUACAUGAUGCCGAGAAGAUGUAUCUACGAGCACUUGCAGGGUAUGAGAAAGUAUGGGGCCCAGAUCAUACAUCAACGUUGAAUACUGUCAACAAUCUAGGGAAUCUUUACAAAGCUGAAGGCAAGACGAACGACGCCGAGAAGAUGUAUCUAAGAGCACUCAAAGGGUAUGAGAAAGCCAUUGGCCAAUAUGAUAUUGCUACAUAUCGACCGGCAAUUAAUACCAUCUUGAACCUAGGCAUCUUACGACAUGAGCAAGGAAUGCUCCUUGAUGCUAAAGACCAUUAUCAGCGCGGGUACGAUGGCCUUUUCGCACUGCUUGGGCCGGCUCAUGCAGAUUCUUGCUUAGCCCUCAAGAGACUUGUGGAAGUGGAUGAUGCGAUUGCUAGAACCUCAAGUAUUAAGCAGACAGACUAG